CUGAUGACUUCCUCCGACCAAACACGCCAUUAGUGUAUUCCGUAAACCGUGUUCCAUUACCGUAUAUAUGUCCGUCCAAUAUAAAUACCGGAGGAUAGGAAAUAAUUCCAGAUUUCUUCUGUAGCUAAUCAUGUUAGAGGUACCGGAUUCUUCUCGAUUAUCUGUUCCUCCUCAAAAUCCACCUCUAUCAACGAUUGAUAUGCUUGAACCAAUGGAUCUUUUCUCAAAUAAUGGCGGUAUAUGGUCAACAGUGUACACUAGGAGGAGAGGUUUCAAACCCUCAGGUGAUGAUGUUACAUAUCAGCAUUUGAUUGUGUUUGAGGGUGACAAUUUCACUGUGGAUGGCGGCGCUGAGCAGAAUACUAAGGAUCCUAAAUACCAUGAAUUUUUUGAGAGCAUCAAGAAUCACAGAAUUCCUGAGGAAUUUGCAGGAGAUGGAAAGCAUAAGAUUGAGGUGGUACGAGGUUGUAAAUCGUUGAGAGAAACUGCUGCUGAUUUCCCAGAUGAAAAUUUUGAGGAGUACCGUAAGCUUAUGAUGUCAAUCAAGGUGUAGAUGUGAUGUGUUGGCUGUGAAUGUCAUCAAGAUGUAGAUGUGUUGUGUUGGUUGUGAAAUUCACAUAUUUACAGGGAUGUUAUGGUGUAUCUAGCUUUAGGUUGAAAGAAGCUUCAACCACCUGCAUUUUUUUCCUCUUUUCUUUGUGGGUGACUUGAAAGAAGCGGCAGAACUUGAUUCAUAAGUAUGGAAUCCCUUUCCUGCCAUCAAAAGACGCUCUCUAAUACGAGAUUUUAGGCUAAUGAAUGUUUGAUUUCUAG